AUGGAUAAGAGGACCAGAAAGGGUAGGCAAAAGAUUGAAAUGAAGUUGAUUGAGUCUAAGGAAACACGCACGCUUACUUUCUUGAAAACGAAAAAAGGCUUGUUCAAGAAAGCAGAUGAGUAUUCAACUCUGACCGGAGCAGAUGUUGGUGUUUUACUCUUUUCACCAAGUGGAAGACCAUAUUCCUAUGGUUCCACGAAUAUUCAUAAAGAAGUACAAGCAUUGGAAGAGAAAGAUAAAGAGCACCCUCGCUCGGACAUACUGACAGACAAACACAUGUUGGAGCAGUACAUGGCAUCCAUGUCUCGGUUGGAAAAACUUAAAAAGGAUAUAAAAGGUAAAUGUGUCCCUGAGCCAGAAGAAGAGUAG